CCAGGAAGAGGACUCUAGGACAAAUGUCCUGCCACACCUGAGCAACCAAAGUCAUAUAAACAGCACCUGAUCCAAGAGGGUCUAAAUCAAACACAGAUUGUGUUCACUAUUAGGAAAGCCUCACUUUACCUGACAUACUGUGAUACAGCCAUCGUCUUUUGUCCAUCACUGCCAUCAUGACCUCCAGUAUCUCAGUGCACACAUACUCUGGACCCCGCCUGUCUUCUUUCUCAAGCUCCUCUGCACGAGACAGAGGCAUUCAAAGCCACUCUAAAGCCCCUCUGCUCUCUUCAGCAAGUACAUUCUCACUCUCCCGUUCCAUGUCUGUGGGCAAUGGCCUCAAUAACCUGAGCAACCUCUCUCUGAAUGGAACCAGUGAGAAAGAAACGAUGCAGGGUCUCAAUGAUCGACUGGCCAGCUAUCUCAGCAAAGUGCGCUCACUGGAGAAGUCCAACGCUGACCUGGAGCUGAAAAUCAAGCAGUUCAUGCUGGAGAAGAUGCCUAAAGGUCAUAACAUAGAAGGCAUGAUGGCACAGGCACAUGCUAUUGGGCAGGAGGUAAGGAAAAAGACACUAGAGAAUGCUCGCAUUAUGUUGGAAAUUGAUAACGCCAAACUGGCUGCAGAUGAUUUCCGGAUCAAAUGGGAGACAGAGGUUGCUCUUUGUCAGUCAGUGGAGAGGGACUGUGUUGCUCUGCGCAGGGCAAAACAAGAGCAUGACCAGAUCAUUACAACUCUCAGAGGAGACCUGGAUAGUCUAAAAGAGGAGUUGUUCUUCCUGAAGAAGAACCACGAAGAGGAUAUGAACACACUGAAGGCCCGUUUGGCCAAAGAGCAGGUGAAUGUAGAGGUGGAUGCAGCACAGGGGCCAGAUUUAGGAGCUGUCAUGGAUGAACUGAGGGCCCAGUAUGAGGGCAUCGCUCGCAAAAACAAGGAGGAUGCUGAAAUGUGGUACCUAAAGAAGCUGGAGACAGUGCAGUCAGAGGUGAAGCAGAAUAAUGAAGCUCUACGAUAUGCUCAGAACGAGCUCAGUGAGAGACGUCGCUUCCUGCAGGGGCUUGAGGUGGAGCUGGACAGCCUGCGUAAACAGGUUAGUGUUCUGGAGGGGAACCUUGGAGAGACAACUCAUAAAUACACCACUGAGAUGGAGCACAUACAGGGAACACUGACGCAGCUGGAGGAGGAACUCUCACAACUACGUUUGGACAUGCAGCGCAUCAAAACCGAAUACGAUCAGCUACUGCGGGUCAAACAGAACCUGGAGCUAGAGAUCGCCACCUACAGGAGACUGCUGGAGGGAGAGGAGGUGGUAAAAGAGGUUCCAGCACCUAAAAAAGAGCCUGAAGUAAAGACACGCAAGAUUGUAAAGGUAGUCACGCAGACUAUGGUCAAUGGUAAAGUGGUGGAAGAAUCAAGCGAGGUGGAGCAGUUCGAAGAGCGCGACAAGUGAAUCAUUACUCCACAAGUGAAUCCAUUGUAAUAGUGAGUCUUUCCCCAAACACAGCUGCAUGGCAAUAACUACUGCAAUGAAACCGCAAAUUUUGCAUAUUAAUCACUCCUAGCCAGUCUUUCUGAAGAUGAUUUUAAUGUUUGGAUUGCUAACACUAUCUAAGGACUUCUAAACACAUGCGCUGAAGUGUGAAGUAUAACAGUGGAUAUUGAAGAUACUGUGGUUAACUGUAGUCCAGGUGAUAUCUAAGUAGUAAAUUAAAUAAAAAUAAACU